AAAUGUCAAUUAAAGAAAAGAUAUCUGUCAAUUUAUAAAUAUUAUACACUAUAUUUAUUUUUUUAAAUUUUUAGAAAAUUCAUUUACAUAAUGGGAUUUAGAUUUUCACAGACCUUUUGAAUAAAGAAUCCCUUUUAUGAUAAGAUAAUCCUACUCAAUUAACAAUAUAAAGAAACAUUUUUGGAUUUUAAAAAGAUAGGAGAAUUUUAAGAUUCAGCCAUCCACCGUCAAAUAAAGGAUAAAAUUAUGAUUCUCCAUCAUUCUUGAUGGCCAUCAGUGAAUGCCAAGUAACAAAACAAUAUAUAAAGUCAAAUGUGACUAUAUUAAUUGUAAAACUUCUAAAAUAAGAAGUGACAAAAUAAAUAACCAUUAUAAACAUAAACAUCCUCAUGUCAAGUUAUCUGAUAUCAAAUUUACAAAGAUAGCUAUCAAAAAGGAUAAUAAUUGGGUAUCCUUAAAUAAAGAUAUUCCAUUCAAUAUCACAAAUGGGGUUGAAACCAAGUUACAAAAAAAAUCAAUAACAUCUUACUUCCAAAAACACAAAUCUUUUAUUGAAGAUUCCCAAAUUAUAUUAUCUCAUACAAUGCCCAGUUCCAGUGAUCUGCUGAUUUUGAAUAAUGAGCUCAAAUCUUUUACUGAAGAUUCCCAAAUUAUAUUAUCUCAUACAAUGCCCAGUUCCAGUGAUCUGGUGAUUUUGAAUGAUGAGCAUGAAUCUUUUAUUGAAGAUUCCCAAAUUAUAUUAUCUUCUCAUACAAUGCCCAGUUCCAGUGAUCUGCUGAUUUUGAAUAAUGAGCACAAAUCUUUUACUGAAGAUUCCCAAAUUAUAUUAUCUCAUACAAUGCCCAGUUCCAGUGAUCUGGUGAUUUUGAAUGAUGAGCAUGAAUCUUUUAUUGAAGAUUCCCAAAUUAUAUUAUCUUCUCAUACAAUGCCCAGUUCCAGUGAUCUGCUGAUUUUGAAUAAUGAGCACAAAUCUUUUACUGAAGAUUCCCAAAUUAUAUUAUCUUCUCAUACAAUGCCCAGUUCCAGUGAUCUGCUGAUUUUGAAUGAUGAGCAAACACACAAAGUUAUUGAAAAUUCCCCAAUUAUAUCUUUUUUUCAUCCAAUUAUCAAUCCCAAUGCAAGCCAAAAUAUUUCAAACAUUAAAGGCCCAAAUAUUAUUCAAUUAUAUAAAAAAAAGGAGCCUAAUGACCCUUUUCAUUUCAUAUUCUUUAGAAUGACAAAUAUCUUGAUUAAUUUCAUAAUUUCCAUAGGCCCAUGUCAGCCAUGUUCAAAUAUAUUUCAAUAUCCUGUUACUCACAAAAGGAGCAUGAAUAUAUCCUAUUAUAAAAAGGUUAAUAUUGAUGGUUCCCUCAAACCAAGAAAUUGGUUAUCCUAUAGCACCACUUUAGACAAAGUCUUUUGUCUUUAUUGUCUUAUGUUUGGUGGCCCUAAAUCCAAUACUUUUUGGACUCAACUUGGAGUAAAUAAUUGGAAAAAUUUUAAGCGUGACUUAGAGAGACAUGAGUCAUCUUCUAUUCAUAAGGAUUGUGAAUACACCAACAUGACUUGGCUUGCAAAUAAGCGUAUUCAAGAUCAUUUUCUAUCAAAUAGGCUUGAUAUAAUAAUGGAAAAUCGUAAUAUAGUUCAUAAUAUUAUUGAUGCCAUUAUAUACCUUAUAAAAUGUAACAUAGCCUUUUGGGGCACUAAUUCGAAUGAAGGUAAUUUUAUGUGCCUCAUAAAAUUAAUGGCAAAAACGGUUCCAACUUUACGGGCAUACAUUGAUAACAACGAAAAAUUGAGGAGAAAAAAAUCAGAUAAAAUUUCAAGACCUUAUAUAAAUUUAUUGUCAUAUGGCCAUGUGAAAAAAAUUAUUGAAGUCAUUAAGAUAAAAAUAAUAAAAUGUAUUAUUCAAAAAAUUAAAGAGAAUUGUGCCUAUAGCAUCAUAUUAGAUGGAACAUAUGAUGUGUCUAAAAAAGAAUGCAUUGCUUUACUUGUAAGAUAUAUAGAAGAUGAUCCGCAUCCACAUCCUGUAGAAAGGAUCAUCCAUGUUUUUACAACAUCAGAAACCACCGGGGAAAAUAUAAAGAAACAUGUUUUUUCUAAGUUCAAAGAUCUUGGUCUUCCUCUUGAUUAUAUGGUUGGGCAAAGUAUGGAUGGUGCAGGGAAUAUGAGAGGAGUAUACAAAGGAAUGCAGGCUUUAAUAUUGAAAGAGGCUCCAAAAGCCAUAUAUAUUUGGUGCCAUGCACAUAGGCUCAAUUUAGUAGUUGCUCAUGUUUGUGGAUGCAAAAUAGAAAUGAAAAAGGUAAUGGGAAUAUUGGAUGAGUUAUAUAAUUUCAUGAAUGGGGUAAGACGUCAAGGAGUGUUUGUUAAAUAUCAAAUGACAAAGUCUAAAAAAUCUCUUAAAAGAAUAAAAAAUACAACAAGAAAUUGGUCAUCAUCUUAUAAAGCUGUAGAAAUUUUUUUAGAUGUUUAUGAACAUAUUAUAGCAUCAUUAAAUGAAUUAAAAGAUUCUAAUGACCCAAGCACCUCUUCUAUUGCCGAUGGAUUAUUAACAAGAAUUAAGGAUGAAGAUUUCAUAUUAAGUCUAUUUAUUUUGAAAGAAAUAUUGAAAUGCACACAUGAGGCUUGUAUUGAAAUGCAGGCAGUUGGUAAUGAUUUGGCUAUGGUAACUAAAUUAAUACAACACACAAAAAAUAAAUUACAAAGACUAAGAGCUAAUGGGGAUAAUAUUUUUUUAAAAUUGCAUUCCUUAUCUAACAGUUAUUUGAAAAAGAAUAAUGUUACAACGGAAUUGCAUAAUAUAAAAUCAAUAUUCAAAUUUGAUCAAACAGCAUUCAAUAAUUAUGUUAAACAAAAAAAAAACAAAUAUAAAAGGGAAAUAUUUUUCCCUGUGCUUGAUACAAUCAUUAAUGAUUUAAAUGAAAGAUUUAAUUAUGAUUGUUUAAAUUUUUUAUCUCAAAUAUCUCUUUUUACACCAGCUGGAAUUAUAGCCAAUGAUAGAAUAGAAGGGUGGCAAAUAUCUCAAAUUUGUCAUACUUACCAAUUAAAUGCUCAAGAUAUUGCUCGUGAAUAUAAUGAUUUUCGAUCUUUAUAUUUGGAUUCACAAGCAAUCAUUUAUUGCAAGGAUCUUUUGAAAAUAAAAAAGAAUGAUGGGUUAUAUAUUGAUGAAAGUAUUGUAAACGAUGAAACCGAGGAAGAUAUCAAUAACGAUAACAUAAUUAAUACAAAAAAAUGGAUAAAAUAUUCAUUUAUACUACCAUAUCGUCUUUUAAAUAAAUUAAAUUCUUAUUCUAAUUUAUAUUUAUUAUAUAAAUAUUUAUUGACUCUACCAACUACUUCUUGUUCAGCCGAAAGAGUGAUGAGCAAAGUCAAAAUAAAUAAAACUAGAAUGCGGAAUAAAAUUUCUGACCCCUUUUUAGAAAAUUUACUUCUAAUAUCCAGCGAAAUUGAUGUUUUUGAAAGAUUUAAAAUAGACGACAUUAUAACGCGAUUUGCAUCUACGUCUAAAAGAUUAACUAAAUUAUUAAUAAAAUAAGUUAUAUCUUUUUCACAGCUAAUUAUAUACGCCUUUUUAAUAAUGUAAAUUUAAUUUAAUAGUUUUUUAUAUCAUUCUAGUCCGGUGCAUAAUAUAAUACUAUAUUCAUUUUAUUUAAAUAUUUUAUAAUAGUUAUAUUUACAUAAAUGUUUUUAUAAUUCCAGUGCAAAAUAUAUUAUAUUCAUUUUAUUUUAAUAUUUUAUAUAAAACUUAUAUUUACAUAGAUGUUUUUAUAAUUCCAGUGCAACUAUAUUCAUUUUUUUCUCAUAUUUUAUAUAAAAGUUAUAUUUACAUAAAAAAAUUUAUAUUUCCAGUGCAAAAUAUACUCUAUUCAUUUUAUAUUUUAUAUAAUAGUUAUAUUUACAUAAAUGUUUUUAUAAUUCUUGUGCAAAAUAUACUAUAUUCUUUAUUCUAAUAUUUUAUAUAAAAGUUAUAUUUACAUAAAAAUUUUUUUUAUAUAAUAGUUAUAUCUAUAUGAAUGUUUUUAAUUAAUAUAAAGGCAUUAGUAUUUAUAGAAUCAAGCUAUACCUCUUUAAAAUUACUCAUUUUGUUUUUUUUACUUAAUAUAAAGGUAUUAGUAAUUAUAGAAUCAAGCUAUACCUCUUUAAAAUUACUCAUCUUAUAUUUUU